AUGGGUUGCGUACUGGGACAACAUGAUGAGUUAGGGAAAAGAGAAAAAGCAAUUUACUACCUCAGCAAAAAGUUCACAGAGUAUGAGGCAAAGUACCCUCCAAUUGAAAAAUUUUGUUGUGCAUUGAUUUGGACGAUCCUAUUGAUUAAGUAUGACAUUGUAUAUGUGAGCCGAAAGUCGAUAAAGGGAAGCGCAGUAGCUGACUUCUUGGCAAGUCGAACAACGGAGGAAUACGAGCCUUUGAGAUUUGAUUUCCCAGAUGAAUAUUUGAUGUGCAUUUUAGAAAAAGAGGGCGAGUCAUCAAAAGAGAAAUCAUGGAAGAUGAGCUUUGAUGGUGUAUCAAUUGUAUUGGGGCAUUGGAUCGGAGCAGUCUUAGUGUCACCUGAAGGGGACCAUUACUCACUCGCUACCAGAUUGAAUUUCUUCUGUACCAAUAAUAUGGCGGAGUAUGAAGCUUGCAUCAUGGGACUUCGUACAACUAUCAGGAGGAAAAUUGAAAUUUUAAAGGUACACGGGGACUCAGCAUUAGUCAUUUAUCAAAUUCGUGGAGAUUGGGAAGUGAGAGAUUCGAAAUUAGUCAAGUAUCAUGAUCUCGUUGCGAAAUUGGUCAAAGAAUUCAAAGAAGUGACUUUUAACUACUUUCCACGAGAGGAGAACCAAUUGGCUGAUGCCCUAGCCAUCUUGGCUUCGAUGUUCAAAGCAAACAGAGAAGCUGAGAUAAUGCCCAUCCAAAUGAGUAUAUAUAAGACCCUCCGCACACUGUACCCCGAGCAAGCAAACGAGAAUGACAAAAGAACAAUCAGGAAAUUGGCAAUUAGAUUUGUUCUUGACGGGGAUAUUUUAUACAAAAGAGGAAAAUAUCAAGUGCUCAUGAGGUGCGUGGACGUUGUUGAAGCUAGAAAGAUACUUGAAGAGGUUCAUGAAGGAAUUUGUGGAACGCAUGCCAGUGGUUUCACUAUGGCCAGACAGAUUAUGAGACUUGGUUAUUACUGGCUGACGACGGAAAUGGAUUGCAUUGGCUACGCAUGA